AUGGAAGACAAGUUUGAUGAAGGUCCGCGCAACUACAACGAUGAGUCAAGUGUCGUUGAGUUUGAUGAUCAUGAUGAGGACGAAGAAAAAGAAGAAGGUAAAACUGACGACGACAUGGACUCGAGCGACGAUGACAACGAAGACACCAGGUCUUCGAAGAGCAACAUCAAGAGACACACGCGCACUCAAUCACUUGAGAAAGCUACCGUCAUUCCAAGUCCCAAGCGAAGAACAUACAGAGGUCCGUCGCUUGAGCAUGUGUCAGCGGCUGCAAUGGAUUUUGAAGCAGCCUACAUCGUUGAUUCAGUGGGGGAAACGCCGACUACAUUCAAGUCGGCGAUGGAAUCAAGCGACUCCGGCAAGUGGAAAGAAGCGUGUGACUCGGAGUUCGACUCGCUUCAGAGAAACGACACGUGGGAAAUCGUGCCUCUUCCGAAAGGUCGCAAGGCCAUCGGGUGCCGAUGGGUUUUUCGUGUAAAGGAGAAUCAAGAUGGCGAAGUUGAACGUUUCAAGGCAAGACUUGUGGCCAAAGGAUUCUCACAGAAAUUCGGAGUUGACUAUGAAGAAACUUUCGCACCGGUGGCCAAGUUCACAUCGAUUCGUGUGGUGCUCAGUAUGGCGGCUAAAUACGGCCUAAUGCUACAUCAGAUGGACGUCAAGACAGCGUUUCUUAACGGCUCCCUCAACGAAGACAUCUACAUGGACCAGCCGGACGGAUACCUGGAUGCAACACAGCCGGACUAUGUGUGCAAGCUAAAGAGAUCACUCUACGGCUUGAAGCAAUCGCCUCGCAUGUGGAACCAAACAAUCGAUGGGUUCAUGAUCAAGAUGGGAUUCAAGAAGUGCGAAUCGGACCACUGCAUCUACAUCAAGCGAGACGACCAAGACAUGAUUCUCGUGGUACUCUACGUCGAUGAUCUCAUCCUGGCCAGCAGCAACAACGAACUCCUCAAGUCAACCAAGAUGGCGCUGAGCAAACGCUUCGAAAUGACGGAUCUCGGUGAGCUCGAUUACUUUCUCGGCAUGGAGAUCAAGAACGACCGUAAGACGGGAAUGGUGACUGUACAACAAACCAAGUUCCUCAAGUCCGUGUUAACCAAGUUCGGAAUGGAUAACAGCAAGCCAGUGAAGACGCCUCAAGAUCCCGGCCUGAAGCUAACCAAGAACAUGUGUGAACAAGAAUGCAAGCACGAAGACACCAUGUGCAACGUGCCAUAUCGAAGUGCUGUCGGAGGCAUCAUGUAUCUCAUGGUCGCCACACGUCCGGAUCUAGCUGCUGCAGUGGGAUCAUUAUCCCAGUUCUCGUCCGACCCAUGCCCGACUCACUGGCAAGCUUUGAAGCGUGUGCUGAGAUACCUGCAAGCAACGCCCAAUCAUGGUCUUGAGUUUACACGUGAAGAAGGAAGCCGUAUCUGCGGGUACACCGACGCAGACUGGGCCGGCGACAUUGAGUCAAGACGAAGUACAAGCGGCUAUGUGUUCAUGAUGAGCGGAGGAUGCAUCAGCUGGAAAAGCCAGAAACAACGGACGGUCGCGCUAUCUUCAACAGAAGCAGAAUACAUGGCGCUUUCCGAAGCAACCAAAGAAGCAGUAUGGCUCAAAGUGCUUUUGGGGGAACUUGGUGAGAUGACAAGCGACGAAGCGAUCAAGAUGUAUGAAGACAACCAAGGAUCAAUCGCUCUCGCCAAGAACCCGGAGUUCCAUAAGAGAACAAAACACAUCGACAUACGCUACCAUUUUGUGCGUGAGAAGGUGGAAUCAGGUGAAGUCGUUUUGGAGUAUUGCCCGACUCAAGAUAUGCUGGCAGACAUGAUGACCAAGCCGAUCGCCGCUGUACAAUUUGAAAACAUUCGCGAUCGACUUGGGAUCCAAGGUGCCGCAGCUAACGAGUCGAGAGGGAGUGUUGAAAAGACAGCGGCUGUGAAGAAGACACCUCGUCAAGCUGCGUCAAGUGUUGAAGCAAGUGGAAGACCAAGCUUCGCUAUACCGGUGGGUACCGGUAUGUACCAGUAA